AUGGCCAAAGCAGACACCAUAGUCGCCGCAGGGCGCGGCGAUGCCAGCCCAGACCCGGAGAAGCAGUCCAUUACCGAGGCCUCUACCCAUGAGCUGAAGCGGGAAAUGUCAGGUCGUCACCUGCAGUUUAUCGCCAUUGGAGGCGCAGUAGGCACGGGCUUGUUCAUCGGUAGCGGCGCUUCUCUGGCCACAGCGGGUCCUGUUGGCUGUCUGAUUUCGUAUAUUGCUGUCGGGACGAUUCUUUACUCGGUCAUGACCAGCCUCGGCGAGAUGGCGACAUAUAUCCCGACUGCUGGCUCAUUCACAUCGUACAGCGCUCGAUUUGUCGACCCGGCUCUGGGCUUUGCGAUGGGCUGGCUCUACUGGUUCAGUUGGGCUAUCACAUGGGCUCUCGAGUUGACCGCCGCCGGCUUGAUCAUCCAGUACUGGAACUCCAGUAUUAGUAUUGGCAUCUGGAUUGCCGUCUUCUGGGUUCUCUUCACGGCAAUCAACUUCGUUCCUGUCAAAUUGUACGGCGAGAUGGAGUAUUGGUUUGUCUCGAUCAAGGUCAUUACCAUUAUCGGAUUCCUCAUUUUCGCGAUCUGCAUCAACGCAGGCGCAAGCCCCCAGGGAUAUCUGGGCUUCACCUAUUGGAAGAACCCAGGCGCGUUCGCCUCGUACGACGAAAACAUGGUUCCGGCUACCGGCAAGUUCGUGUCAUUCUGGAGCGUUCUCGUCACGGCGGCUUUCUCGUACCAGGGUGCAGAGCUCGUUGGCGUUGGCGCGGGGGAGGCUCGCAACCCGCACAAGACGGUCCCGGUUGCUAUCCGGAACACCUUCUGGGGCAUCCUGUUCCUAUUCGUCUCCACGAUCUUCUUCCUCGGCAUCCUCGUUCCGUACGACAACCCUGAGCUUACGAACGGCAGCACCAGCGCCGCCGGCUCCCCGCUCGUCAUCGCCGCGAACCUCGCCUCAGUUCCUGUCCUGCCGGACAUCAUCAACGCCGUCCUUCUCACCGCCGUGCUCUCGGCGGCGAACUCGGUCGUCUACUCCGGCAGCCGUAUCCUCGUGGGUCUUGCAAACGAGGGCCACGCGCCUCGAUUUCUGACCAAGACCAACAGCCACGGCGUUCCUUACAACGCCGUAGCCUCCACGUCGGCGUUCGGCCUCCUCGCCUUCCUGAACCUCUCCCCCUCCGGCACUGACGCCUUCAACUGGUUCCUCAACAUCACCGCCGUGGCAGGCCUGAUCACCUGGGCCAGCAUCAACCUGUCCCACAUCCAGUUCCAGCGCGCCAUGAAGGCUCAGAACAUCCCACGGCAUUUGCUGCCGUACCUGGCUCCGCUGCAGCCUUACCUGGCGUGGUACGGCCUGUUCUUCAACACUCUGAUUGUGAUCACACAGGGCUUCACCGCGUUCAUGCCCUGGAACACGGUGGACUUUUUUACGGCAUACAUCAGUGUCAUUCUAUUUGUAGUACUUUAUGUUGGGUACAAGGCCGCAUAUCGGCCGGCGCUUGUAAAAGUAAGCGAGGCUGACUUGCACAAAGGUCGGUUACAGACCGCGGAAGGGGUGGUUAUUGAGCAAUGA